CUUUCUUUCUCACUUGUGCAAUUUUAUCCACUUGGAGCCGAGCCUCGACCAUGGCAAGUCCUUCACUUCUGCACUCUUCAGCUUCGUCGUUUCACUGCCGUUUCCCAUCGCUAGCAAUUGGCACCUCCGCACCUCCGCCGCUGAGGAACGUGGUGAAAGUCUCGGCGUCGGGAACAGUGCUGGUGGAAAAAUCUGAGGCGGAGAAAGUGCAGCGCCUCAAAACCGCUUACCUCGAGAGAAUCAUCCCCGCCCUCAAAGAUGAGUUCAAAUACAUCAACAUUCACCAGGUUCCAAAGGUUCAGAAGAUAGUGGUGAAUUGUGGAAUAGGAGAUGCAGCGCAGAACGACAAAGGAUUGGAGGCAGCAAUGAAAGACAUAGCGCUUAUAACAGGGCAGAAGCCUGUCAAGACAAGAGCCAGAGCUUCCAUUGCUACUUUCAAGAUUAGGGAAGAUCAACCUCUUGGGAUCGCCGUCACUCUCAGAGGAGACGUGAUGUACUCGUUCCUGGACCGUCUGAUCAAUUUAGCACUGCCAAGAACAAGAGAUUUCCAAGGUGUGAGUCCCAGUAGCUUUGAUGGCAACGGAAACUACAGCAUUGGUGUCAAAGACCAAAGCGUUUUCCCUGAAAUCAGGUUUGAUGCGAUAGGGAAAGCAAGAGGAAUGGAUGUAUGCAUAAGCACAACGGCUAAAACAGAUGACGAAGGACAGAGACUGUUGGCUCUGAUGGGAAUGCCUUUCAGGGAAGGAAGCAGCGCCAACACAGGAGGGGCGCCUGUGAGGAAGAAGAAACUUAAGUCUCAUCAUUUUGAUGCUAAAAGCAAAGGCAAGGGAAAGAGAUGAAGAAAUAAGAUUUUCAUUUGUAUUUGUCUUCAUGUAUGUUGAUGGAUUAAUCUAAUGAUUUUGUUUCUCCGCCAUGUUAUAUUACUCCUCCCUUGUGAUAGUGUUUGUUAAUCCUCCUGAUAAAACAAAACAAUCCAAUUUGGAAGAGUCAA